GCUGUCUUGGCCUCUUAAAUGUUUUGCUGUGGCGCAGACCCGAAAGACAAAAGUUCAAGUCGCGUCAACUGCAAACGAGUCGCGUCUCUUGAACUGAACAACAAACAAGCUUGUAGAGAGUCACUGUGGCCGACACGGCUUGCUUCAAGAGUGCUGUACAUUGAGAGGGGCGAAAAGAAGCUGCUUUGAACAGUGUCGAGUAUUGUAAACCAAGCUGUACUGAAUAGGCGUCAGGCGUCAUGCAAAAGAACGACAACCCGUUCCUCGUCUCAGACGCUAUCGAACCACCUAGUGACCUUGGCAGUGCUUCUGAAGCAGAGGAAGAACCUGCUCAGACCAUUAUCUGGCGUCAAGAAGCGCUUGUUGUUGGGCCAACGCCGCAAAAGUAUGGCCGAGUUUUGGGCUUGUUUGAUGCGUCGCCUGCACACCUUGCUCCCUCGCCCAAACGAAUCAAGCUGUCAUCGCCAUCAAAGAAACGUAAGUCCGAUACGGAUCUGGUCUUGUCAGCACCGUCUCCAGCCAGGACCAGUCAGACGCCACAGAAAACGCCUAGCUUUUUAAAGCGACAAGCAUCCACAUUGACACUCGACGAUGCAGAUGUCUCAAGCACUUCACGCCUCUUAUUCCAGCCAAAAUGUGUCUCGAGCCUGUCUGCGAUCAUUAAGCAGAAUCGUCUCUGGUAUGAUGCUGAUACGCAAGAUGAUGAUGCGCUCGACGCGCUGCGAGAGGCGGAAGGAGAGGAGAUGGUGUUGCCAGAUGCACAACAUACUAGCUCUGAUGAAGACGCCGAUGAUGCUGUCACGGAAGAGACUGGUAAAGUGCGAUGGAAGAAGAAGGGUCUCAAACGAUCUCGUCGACGGGUCGUAAUGCGGCCUCAGGCACCCAAAGCUACAACUGCUCCAGCAUUGCCGUCCUCAGACCGACCACUGGGGGUAGACACGGACAGUGAUGAAGAGAUUGGAGAUGAGGAAGUCGCUGCGAAACAGCAUCAACCUACAAUGGACGAAGAAGUGCCUGAAUGGUUAGAGAAGGAGAAUCUCGAGAUUCGCGAUAAAGCUGAAGCGAGGAAGCAAGAGCAACAAGCAGCCAACAAGACGGGGAGGAAACCGCGCGCUGUGUCAGCCAACUACAAGUCGCUCAAGCUACGCAAUACAGGUGCAAAAGGCGGGUCGAGAUUUGGUCGGGGCCGAUUCGGCGGACGAAGAUAGACGUGUGUAUCGUACAGAAAAAGACAAUGCGAUGCUAUGCAUGAGUAGAAGAUUUGAAACGA